AUGGCCUCCACCGCAGAUGGCUCUGACGAGCCUGGAACACCGCGCGCAGAUCUUACCCUGACAACCCCCGAACUACUCGAGGCCAUCUUGGAGAAUCUAGAUCUCUUCGAACUGGCAGACGCUCGUUAUGUUUCUUCGUUCUGGAGAGACUUGAUCGACACCUCCCCUACCCUCAAAAAGAUCCUCUUCAACAACGACGAAGUCUGGAAUGACCUCCAAAAGACGCGCAACACCUCGCACUCUUUUGCCACCCCCUCUGGUGCCGUCCAUCAUCUCCACUCGUUCUCUGAACUGUCAGAUUCGAAACUCCAAAACCAAUCAAGGCCUGCCACAGCACCACUGACCAUCAAACUCCAUCCAUCCCUCCGCCACGUCAAUACCUGGCACCCAAAAUCCCGUUUCUCCGACACUGACACCUUCACCUUCCGUUUCUGGGAACGCAAACUCGCCGUCUAUCCACAAAAAGGCCUGUGGCGCAAGCAACUCAUCUGCCAACCGCCCGUUGACAUGGUCCACCUGCACAACACCUACCACCACUUCCCGAACAAGUGGAACCACGAAGAAGCAUUCGGUGACUUCCCGAAUCCUGGAGGAGUCACGUUGGGAAAUUUGCAAGAUGACGUUCUUGCCACGAUUGAUGACCAGAAGGAGUGGCAGACCACGAAGAAGGGUCGAAAGCUACGUAUUAGAGAGGCAACACAGCAUGGGACGGAUUCGCAUUUGGACAAUUGGAAAGGUAUCGAUGCCAUGAAGCCUGGAGACAGAGAGGAGCUCAAGCUGGCUAAGUGGGAGGGCAAGGAGAUUGAGGAAGAUGGUCUGACGAAGCGUCAGAGGGUGAAGUUGCUGGAGAAGAUCAAUUUCCAUGGGCAUGCUGAGUUGCCUGGCAUCAAGCCGGUGACUGAGUAUGCUGACGCCUGA